AUGGCAAACAACAUGGAAAAUAACAUGGAAGGAAACAUGGAAAGAAACAUGGAAAAAAAAAGUAGGGGUCGUCAAAGGAUCAAAAUGGCCAAGAUGGAAAAUGAGAGAAACCUUCAAGUUACUUUCUCCAAAAGAAGAUCCGGUCUUUUCAAAAAAGCUAGUGAGCUUAAUACACUUUGUGGUGCAGAUAUUGCCGUUAUUGUGUUCUCACCCGGUGGAAAAGUCUAUUCUUUUGGUCAUCCAAAUGUUGAAACCAUGGUUAACAGAUUUAAACAUAUUAACCAGCCAUUUCCUAAUCCAAACAACAACAUGCGACUUAGUGAAGUGCAGCCCCAUACUCCAAUUCAACAAAUGAACGACUUUCUUACUCAGGUGAUGGAUGAUUUGGAAACAUCAAAAAAGAAAAAUGAAGAACCAAAGAAAAAAAGAAAAAAUUCUAAAAGACCUGAGAAUUGGUGGGAAAAUCCUGUCGAAGAAAUUGACUUGGCUCAUUGCCAAGAAUUAUUAGUUGGAGUGGAGAACUUGAAAAAAGUUGUUACAGAUGAGAUUUCCAAAUUUUUCCAAGUUUUCCCCCAUCAGUACCAGAACCAGAACCAAAACCAAAAUCUGGGUUUUAGAGAUGAAGGCAUCUCCGAAAAUGAACGUCAUCAAGAUGGCCAUCCACCUCACUUCUGA